AUGGCGGGCCGUGACGCAGACUUCCAGCUCUUUGACCAAUGCAAAGUCUGCAUAGUCUGCUCGAAAGACCUAGAUCCCGACUCAGCUCAUCAGCUCGCGUCAACCUUCGAAGCGCAUGGCGGGGAAACGGUAAUCUACGAACCACCAGCCUCAUUUCCGCCCCUGGAAGAAUUCACCCACCUGAUAUCGUACACUGUCGAUUUUCCUUCUUUCGAUGCAGCCAAUGAUGCCCUGAUUCCCGUUGUCAAGCCUCAGUGGGUGCAGGCUUCACUCGCGAAGAAGAAGCUGGCCAACCCGCGACAGUAUAACCCAGAUCCUCGACUAUUUUUGAACGACGUUGUCGUUACUUGCGGUGAUAUCCCAGAAGGCGACAAAGAUGCGAUCAUUGGUGGAGUCCUGGCUAAGGGUGGUCUUUACAGCCCCAGAGUGACCGGACUGGUCACGCACUUGGUUGAUUUAACGAUGGAUUCCGAUAAGGCGCGACUCAUUACAGCCAGGAAACUGAACAUUAAGAUUGUGCUCCCUCAUUGGUUUGAUGACUGCCUUAAACUUGGAAAGCGCAUCGAUGAGCGCCCAUAUACUCUCCCACAUCCCGAAAUCCUACGCGCGGGCCCAGAUGCACCGGUUCGCUCAUCGGAAAGCCGCGACGUCGUUGGAGCCUCAACACCCGAACCCACCAAACUGCCGACGUCUAUCCUCACUUCCCAGCCACGGCCCAAGCUCGACGUUUUCCAGGGCAAGACAAUCAUGCUUGCGCAAGAUCUCGGCAUUGGCACCCAUCUUUCGAACUCGAUCAUUGAGGUGAUUAAGGACGCUGGUGGCUCAAUGACAACAGAGAUAUCGCAAGCAGACAUCUAUGUCUGUCGGUAUAGAGAGGGAGUCGGAUAUCGCCUAGCGUCGAAGUACAACAAGGAAGUUGGAAACCUAGCAUGGCUCUACCAUAUGAUUACCUACAACGCAUGGACUUCGCCUCUACGGCGUAUGCUACAUUACCCCACUUCUCGCUCAGGGAUUCCUGGGUUCAAAGGACUCAAGAUAAGUCUGUCGAACUACGUUGGUGAAGCGAGAAGCUACCUAGAGAACUUAAUCGCCGCGACAGGGGCGGAGUGUACCAAGACACUGAAGCAGGAGAACACACACCUGGUGACUGCUCACGGUAACAGUGAGAAGUGUGCAGCUGCGAAGGAAUGGGGGUUGCAUGUCGUGAACCAUCUCUGGUUGGAAGAAAGCUAUGCAAGAUGGAAGAUGCUACCUGUCUCCGAUCCUCGGUACACGCAUUUUCCGAAGAGAACGAACCUAGGCGAAGUUGUUGGCCAAACAAGACUGGACAAGGCUAUUCUCGAAAGCCUCUUUUUCCCAUCAGAUACCGCAGCUCAAUCGGCAGAGAGCCCUCGACGAGUCAUGCAGAAACGGGACGAGAACACUGCGACUGAUAAGCCAUCCACUACAAUGCGAUCUUCUCCGGUAAAGGUCACACAAGCUGAACAUGAAGUUUCGGAUACCAGAGACGCGACACCGCGGGCGGCUAAUAAAUCACGAAAAUCAUCAGAUUACAAGAAGCCGCAAACGCCUGCACGUGCUCGGCUUGAGUCUGAGGGUAAAGAAAAUCAGACACCAUCAUCAACGAGCAGCCGCAAGUCGAAGGAAGCCGCCUUCAGCCGACUCCAAGAACUCGCUCCGGACAUUGCCCUGUAUGAGAAAGAAAAGAAACGGGUCGGUGGAGUGGUCUAUGGCGGACGACGGAAGAGUGACGAGGAUCGCGUGGCUCUUACCAACACCAAGAAGCGCAGAUCGAUGGAGCCGCAGGAGGAAAGUGAUGAGGAAAUCGCAACAGACGCGAAGAGGCAGAAGAAGUCGAAACCUCCCAUUGCCAUGCAUCUUCUGAUUACUGGGUAUCAAAGAUGGGUGGGAAACCUCAGGAAAGAGGAUGCAGACAAGAGUGCUAAUGAUGAUAAGCGACAACUUCGUGACCUUGGGAUCAUGGUAGUCCAAGACGCAAGACGAUGCACGCAUCUAGCCGCCCCAUCGAUACUGCGAACCCCUAAAUUUGUCAAUGCGCUCGCAUACGGCCCCGUGAUCAUCAACGUCGACUUCAUCGAGGAGUGUCUCACGAAGGACGAGCUCCUAAACCCCGACGACUUCCCCCUAAUGGAUACAGCUGCAGAGAAGAAAUUUGGUUUCUCUCUUGAAGAAGCACGGGCCAACGCGAGGAAGAACAAGAACAGACUCCUGCAAGGAUAUCAGAUCUACUGCGUUGAAACUAUUCGAGGAGGGUUUGAUGCGUUCAAAUCCAUUGUCGAUAUAAAUGGAGGAAUUUGUACGCUAUUCCGCGGGCGGGUUUCCUACCACUCGCAGCGGGAGGAAAGUGAGGACGACAGCUCAAGUGAGAGCGAUUCUAAUCGCAAAGAGAUCUAUCUUCUCAGCAGUGUAUCACCUGAUCACCAGAAAUUAUGGCCGCGGUUCCAACAAUUGGCACACAGCAUGUCCAAGACACCGCGAAUCGUGCGGGUAGACUGGCUUCUCGACAUUGCGAUGUCACAGGAGCUGCGCAGGGCAGACGAAUAUGAAUUGAAAGAAGGCAUGAUGGACCAGGCCGACAAUUAG